AUGACGUAUAAGGAUGCCCUCUACGCUAAUCAGGGUCAUCUAGGCCUUGGAACUGUGAAAGCUGGGAGAGUCCUCAAGCCUCCGAAGCAGAACCAAAUCAAAACUUUGGUUAUCAAACCGAAUGACCUCCCACACGAAGAAGAACGCAGGAAGGAGUCACUCGCGCAGCUCAAGGACAGCAUCGACAGAAAGCUAUGUAAUUUCAGGAUAGACAGGAUUGUCAGACGCAGGGACGAUAUCAUUGUGAGAGCUCCCCUGAAUCAAGUGGACAUGACGACAGUUCUCGGGGAGUUGGGCAGUAUCGACGGCAUACAGGCGAGACCACAAAGUAGACUAUCUCCCGAGGUUCUGAUAUACAAGGAUGAAUUUGUUGGAGAGAAAGAAGAUUUAAAGGCCCAGGCAAAAAGCUUACAGAGGGAGUUAAAUGUAGACGAAUGGGUCUUCAUGAGGACCACUAAGAAGUUCUUCAUCAUCAGGGUGCCCGCGGGCGAUAGAUCCUGUAUGAUAAGAGAUGGGCUGUAUGUGAGGAACAUGAAACUGAAAGUGAAAGACCAUUUAAGCCUCAAUGUUUGCUACGAUUGUGGACAAUGUCACUCGAGGAAUAAACCCUGUGCGGCUAAGAGUGAUGAAGGAAAGGCUUGUUGCUGCCUAUGCGGAGAUAAACAUCACAUGGGAAGAUGUCCAAAGCGAGGCUCGCGACUGGACUUGUCGGCAUGCAAAUGUUCCUUGUGCAAAAAGGCUGGGCACAAUGCAAUGUUCGGGGAUAUGUGCGAUGAGAAGCUCAAGCAACUCCGUCAGAAACUCGCGAUGACGGACUACGGAGGGAGCGAUGUUCCAUAUAACGGGAAACUUUUGAUCUAG